CCAGGCCGGGAGCCAGUGUUGUGCACUGACCUAGAACAUAGGGAACUGACGUCUCUGCUCAGGGCUUGUCUCUCAGGCGCCUCCUGUGCUUUGGGGCAGCAGUCCCCGAGGCAGUGACAGGAUGUGGAAACCUCCGGAAGGAAGUGGGUGACUGGUCUGUGAGCUGCUGCACCUUGGCGGGGGAGGGGUCAUACCAGUUGGUUGCUUAGAGAAACUGUGUUGUUUUUUUUUUUAAAAAAAAAAAAAAAAAAAAAAAGUGUUGCAGCAGGGGAAUUUGUCAGCUCACCUUUCAUUUCUCUAGAAGUUUCCAAGGAUCACUUGUGCCUCGUCCGUGGGAAGACCAGGGCAGCCGAGAAGGCCUUGGUGUGGAAUUCUGGGAGCUGAUUCCUGCCUUGUCUUCCCCACACUGUCCCUGGAGAAAUCUGAGAAGAGCAGAGCAGAGGGAGCCCCAGACACGGUCCACGGGAGAGCUGUGGAGCUUGGUGAGUGUUUCGUGGCCUCUCGGUUUGGUCGGCACCCCCAGCCGCUGGCCCAGGACCCCUCUGCAGAAGCAUUCCAGGAGAGCAGGCGUCACCAAGAUGUCCAACCCCUUCCUGAAGCAAGUCUUCAACAAGGACAAGACAUUCCGCCCCAAGCGCAAGUUCGAGCCGGGCACCCAGCGCUUCGAGCUGCACAAGAAGGCGCAGGCGUCGCUGAACGCCGGGCUGGACCUGCGGCUAGCCGUGCAGCUGCCCCCAGGCGAGGACCUGAACGACUGGGUGGCCGUUCACGUGGUGGACUUCUUCAACCGCGUCAACCUCAUCUACGGCACCAUCAGCGACGGCUGCACAGAGCAGUCCUGCCCCGUCAUGUCGGGGGGCCCCAAGUACGAGUACCGCUGGCAGGACGAGCAUAAGUUCCGGAAGCCCACGGCGCUCUCCGCCCCCAGGUACAUGGACCUGCUGAUGGACUGGAUCGAGGCGCAAAUCAACAACGAGGACCUCUUCCCCACCAACGUGGGCACGCCGUUCCCCAAGAACUUCUUGCAGACGGUGCGGAAGAUCCUGUCGCGGCUGUUCCGCGUGUUCGUGCACGUCUACAUCCACCACUUUGACCGCAUCGCGCAGAUGGGCUCCGAGGCCCACGUGAACACCUGCUACAAGCACUUCUACUACUUCGUCAAGGAGUUCGGCCUCAUCGACACCAAGGAGCUGGAGCCACUGAAAGAAAUGACCGCCCGUAUGUGCCACUAAGAGCCCCGCGGACCCCCCCGGUGCCCGAACCGCCGCUGGGGCCUCAGAGACUUGGAGGAGGAUGCUCUGGAACCAUCAUCACGCUUCUCUCCAGCCUGAGCAUCUCAGGGAGCCCAGGGGCUGGGCCGCUGAGCAGGUGUUGGUCCUCAGGAGCUCCAGCCCUGGACGGCAGACGCCUUCCUCACCGUCUCGAGCCUCAGUCUCCCGUCUGGGACCGAACGUGAACUGUGUAAUUCUGUGUGUUACUAGCAACCGGAAAAGCCCACUGUGUUUUUUAAACCACUUCCACUUUCCAGGAGGCUGGACGGCUUCCAGGGUCACUCCCCGCCCUGGGUGGCUCCCCGGCUCCUGGAACUUCUGCCCCAACCCUCGUCCCCACCUGAUCCUGCCUCCACCUCACUGGGGAGCCCCCGGGGCUGCUAUGGCCACAGCCCUGCCUGGGCCUGUCUCUCAGAGGCACCCAGCUUGCUCAGCCUCCUACAUGUCUCCUGUUGGGGAGGCAAGAGGCUGAGGGGCUUCCGAGCCCCUGAGGGCGGACAUCUCCUGCCACAGGCCUUUUACUCUGCGCUCUCCACCGGCAGCCGCUGGUGUCCCUUCACACAGAGGCACGACCUGGACCCGGGCAUCCUCUUUCCUCCCUCCCCAAUCUCUUCCAUUUUCCUACAGAUUUUUUUUUUUUACAAACUAGAGACAGGGGUCUCGCAGAACUCCUGGCCUCAAGUGAUCCUCCCACCUCGGCCUCCCAAAGUGCUUGGAUCACAGGUGUGAGCCACCGCACCGCAGCCCUCUCUCUUACCCCGUGCACGCUGCUUCCUCAGUUCUUCCGAAACAUUCAGCUGAAACAUUCAGGGCUUCCUGGACUCCUGGGAGCCCACGUCCUGCACCCCGGCUGCUGACUCAUUUCCUAAGGGCCCCUUUGUGUAUCAUAAAGGGUUUGAUUUUUAUAGUCACAUUUACAACCA